CAAAGAAAGCAAAAUCACUGCGAGGAAGAUCUUCUUUGAGUUGGGAGUUAACCAUGUCAAAGAUCGUGAUCGUUUUCUAUGUCAUAAACGCGCUUCAAGCAAUGAUAAUUCUAGCCGGGAAUGCAUUCACCAUAUACGUGUUCUGGUAUCGUAGGAACAACCUGAAACGGACAGGUCUUCUCCUGAUUAAUCUUGCAGUGAUAGAUCUUCUUGUAGGAGUGGCGACGUUCAUUGAAAUAAGUCCACAAAUCCUACAGAAAGAUACCAUUGAACCAAUACACUAUGACGAUCCCAUUUCAGUAUUUCAGGUUUUGUGUUCAUGCUCAUCCGUGAUUUGUCUAGUCGCAGUUUCUCUGGAGCGCGCUUACGCAGUUUUGAAGCCGCUUCGUCAUCGAGCUGCAAGCACUCAAGCGUACAUCUUGAGUAUUGUUUUUGUUUGGGUUGGAGGACUGGCCAUGGCUUUAGUCUACACCUUGGAAAUGUUUCAACUGCUCCCUACCAUCUAUAGCACGGUUAUUCAAGACGUGGCACUGGUGUCGGCAUUUGUUGUCGUCGUUGCCGCUUACAUGGCGAUACAUACUCGACUAAAACUUACUGUGCCUUCACUUGAAGCUCACAAUCGACAUUCAGCGGAACAAAAUGCCAAGCUCUCUCGCACUUUAUUUUUUGUGAUAGCCGUGUCACUCUCACUUUGGCUUCCUUCCAUUGUGUUGUAUACUAUAGAUGAUUUUUGCCCUGACUGUACGUUGCCAGAAGUACUGCUGUUCAUCUCAAGAGUGUUACAUCUGACGAAUUCCAUGAUCAAUCCAGUUGUGUACAGUUACCGAAUGCCAAUGUUCAAAGAAUCUAUGAGGAAAUGCCUCACAAAAUGCAGCGUCAACAACAAACGUGACAUGAGCGAAGAGUCAACCCACAAGAUAAACUCAACAUAG